AUGUCUCAUAACCUUACCCCCCAGCAGGGCGCUUGCAACUGCGCCCCAAUCGACCUGACCCUUGAUGAGUCCCCAUCCAAAGUCAUCGACUUGACCACAGGCGACACCCGCGAAGAGCCCAUGGAUCUGACCGAAGACGGCCCCAUCGAGCCAACCCAGCAGGAAGCAACCAUGUCCGGCGCAAUCCCAGCCGGCGAGCCCAUCCCCGUGAUCGACACCCCAGGUCCACACAACGACCAAGCAACCGCGGGAAAUAGCGUCGAGCCCGAACCAGCCGGAGAAACACCCACCACCGCCAGCGUCAGCACCCCGGCCUCAGACCCCGGCAACGACGACGCAUUCUCCGCGAACGCAAUCCCCCCGCGGCCCCCCACCCCUACGCUCUGGAGCAUGGUCGCCCGCAACCGCGUCCCGGCCUGGGCCCAGUCCGCACGCACGGCACCCGCCCCAGCCGCACAGGCCUCGAUCACGGGGUCGCGCACCAACGACCCCUCGCCCACCCGCGACGCGGUAGCCCGCGACACCGGCGCCGGCGCGAUUGCCCGACGCCCGCGGCGCAUCCCGCAGGGCGCCGAGUACGCGAGCCGGGUCCCCGUCUGGGCGCGCACGAGGACGAGGGGCAGCGUGACGGCCAGCCGAACCCAGACCGUUGCUGAGCUGCGCCGGUCCAUGCAGUUCGACCCGCGGUCCCGACACCCCGGCGACGAGUAUGACACGCGUGCGCAGUCGGAGGGCAGCGACAACGACCUCUUUGUGCCGCAGAGCCCGACUCAGCCCCAGCCGCAGCCGCAGCCCCGUACUAACACGCGGACGGCCCCCGUUCGUAGCCAGACCCGCAGGCGUAAUGGGGCCGCGAAUGCCCAGGCGAGUGCUCUUCCUAGGGAUCUGGAGAUGGAGCAGCUUAGGGGGGAGCUGAAGAGGUGGCGGGGGGCGUACUGGGCGCUUAGGAGGAGGACGGAGGAGUAA